UGGGGCGCGCUUUGGGGGGUGCAGAAGGCGCAGGAGGAGGGGUUUGGGGAGGCCUCCUACCUUGUCUUGAGAGCUCUCCUGGUCAGUUAAGGAAGACAGCACCUACAGAAAUAAGAGUCUCGACUAAUAGGUGCCCCAGCAAGGCCCCAGGUGGCUCGAAUAUAGUAGGCACUCAAUAAAUAAAGGUACUGAAAUGAAUAGGUGGCAUUUAACUUGUUCAUUCAGCACUUCCUGUUGUAGUAGGAUCUGUGCAUAUUACGCGGGAGAUCUUGAAGAUAUUGAGAAAUAUUUUUGCAGUCCUCAUUUUACAGAUGAGAAAACUGAGGUCUAGAGAGGUGAUAUCAGCUCACUUCCCAAGAGCACACAUCUGAGCCCCAAGAGCACACAUCUGAGCCAUUUCAAAGGCAGAAUUCAAACCCAGAAUUCUCUACUUGCAAUCCAGGUCUCCAUACUCCACACCCCUGUUUUAUGUGUGACAUGUUGGAAGAAAUAAGUAUUGUAGAAAGAAUACUUUUUAAGACUCAGACGGACUUGAUUUAGCAUCCUCGUUUCGCAGAUGAAUAAACUGAGUCUCAGGGAAGUAAAUUCACCAUCGGAGGCCACAUAGGCAAGACAUCAUGGUGGGAGGCUUGAAGAGGAAACACUCGGAUUUGGAGGAGGAGGAAGAAGAGAAGUGGGACUGGAGUCCGGCUGGCCUGCGGAGCUAUCAGCAAGCCCUUCUUCGCAUCUCCCUGGAUAAGGUCCAGCGUGGCCUGGGGCCCCGGGCACCCUGCCUCCGCAGGCAUGUCCUCAUCCACAACACCCUCCAGCAGCUCCAGGCUGCACUUCACCUGACACCCACACCUGCCAUGCCCCCUGAGCCCCUUUUCCUGGGCGAAGAGGACUUCUCCCUGUCGGCCACCAUCGGCUCUAUCCUCAGGGAGCUGGAGACCUCCAUGGACGUGACUGAGCCCCCUCAGAACCCAGUGGUUUCCCCAGACCCCCAAAGUGAAGUGCUAGCCCAGCCUGAUCCAGUCUUCUUAGAAGCUCUGAGCUCCCGAUAUCUGGGGGAUUCUGGCCUGGAUGACUUCUUUUUGGACAUUGACACAUCGGCAGUAGAGAAGGAGCCCACACUGGCCCCCCCGGAGCCCCCUCACAACCUCUUCUGUGCCCCAGGGUCCUGGGAGUGGAAUGAACUUGAUCACAUCAUGGAAAUCAUUCUGGGGUCCUGAAACUUUGGAGGGAGGGCUUCCUUCCCCUUCUCAGCUUUGAUGGGCUGGGUCCCCGGAUGCAACUCUGUAUGUGUGUAUUUUGUGGGGGCUCUAGGCAGUGACUGUGGUCCCCCCCCCAUUUCAGGGUUCCACAAACCUUCUUGCAUGUGUGUGUGUCUGGUUACCCCAGCCUUCUGUGAAGGUGGGUCUUCCUGAAUUAAUUUAUCUGUUGCAAAUGCCUUAAUGAGACUCUGUUUCAGGGAGUCUGAUUUCCUACUUUGACAUUUCUUCUGCCCUUCCCUCCCUUCCCACUCCCCUUGUGACCACCAGGGCCUCAGGAAAGAUAAAGCUGGGCCUGUCAAAGGAUGACAGAGAUGUGCUGCUUGGUAACUUUGGAAAUCCAGGCUCUGCCUCUUGCAUCUCAAGGAGUCGGAGGGGCUGGUGUCCUCUCCCCAGGCUGAACCCCACUUCCUUGGCAGGUCCCCAGUCCCAGGAGCCUCCUGAUUCACAAAGCCAGGCCGGACCACGUGCAAUAGGGUGGAAACCAAACUGCUCCAUGCCACGAUAUUUAAAAGAAAGGCGGGUUUUGUGGUGGCUUUGGUUUUUUUUUUGACUGUUUAUUAUGGUUUUUUUUUUUAAUCUAAUAAAAGCUUUUUGAAAAAAAA